ACCCUCCAGACCCACAACACCAAACGCCACCUGUAAAAUCCUCACGCCACAUCUUCAGCCACAGGCGCGCGAUAUCCCCGCUCAAAAAAGCCAUGUCAAUGGCGGCAGCCGCCGCCCCCGCCGCGGCAUCAUCCACGCUGCUGCGGGCAAGCAACUUCUCUAUUGCGCGCCCCGUCCCAAGCGGCGUUGUCUGCUGCAUCCGCGCCGUCAGUGGGCGGAGAGCAUCGGUAGUGCGCGUGGCAGCGGCUGGCGACAGGGCCGCGCCGGCCGGUGCCUUUCCGGCGGCGCUGUUGUUCGAUUGCGAUGGUGUGCUGGUGGACACUGAGAAGGAUGGCCACCGCAUCUCCUUCAACGAAACCUUCGCCGAGAGGGAAUUAGGUGUCAGCUGGGAUGUUGAACUGUAUGGAGAAUUGCUCAGGAUAGGUGGUGGAAAGGAAAGGAUGACAGCUUACUUCAACCAGACAGGAUGGCCGGCUAAAGCACCAAAGACAGAUGACAAAAGAAAGGAGUUCAUAGCUUCUCUUCACAAGAGGAAAACAGAAUUAUUCAUGGCCCUAAUUGAGAAAAAGUUGCUUCCUCUCCGUCCAGGUGUUCAAAGGUUAAUCGAUGAAGCUUUAGGAAAGGCAGUUAAAGUUGCAGUGUGCAGUACAUCAAAUGAGAAAGCUGUUUCAGCAAUAGUGUCGUACUUAUUGGGGCCUGAUAGAGCUGAUAAGAUUACCAUAUUUGCUGGAGAUGUGGUUCCUCACAAAAAACCUGACCCAGCAAUCUACAUAUUAGCAGCAACUACACUUGGAGUUGAUCCACAAAGCUGUGUUGUUAUUGAAGACAGUACUAUAGGGCUCGCAGCGGCAAAAGCUGCCGGCAUGAAGUGUAUCGUAACAAAAAGCGGCUACACUGCAGAAGAGGACUUCGAGACAGCAGAUGCAGUGUUCGAUUGCAUUGGUGACCCGCCAGAAGUGCGCUUCGAUUUGGAUUUCUGCGCCAAGUUGCUCAAGAAACAAUAUGUGAGCUGAAAGGGGGCUAGUGCAAGUGAUAUACCAAGUACGAGGUUCCUGAAUAUGGAGAAAGAGUCCAUGGCAUGCCAAUGUUGGUUCUUCAAGCCAUGACCUGAUACUAGGACUUGGAAGUCCACGUUCUACCCAAUAGUAACUUAUAGAAUGACAUUCACUACUGCCCACCCAGUUGGCAGUUGCAAAUGUGUUAGUCAUUCAACAAAUUGGAAACCACUCGAAUAAGGGAUCACCAAGUCCAAACUCUUCAGUCAAAGCAAUAACAAUUGAGGUUACGAGUC